GUUUGGGUUACGCUCGAGAAUUAUCGACAAGGAGCACACUUGGAGCCAAACAAGAGGGAGCCAUCGUUUCAGCAUCGUCGAUUGCUCUACUUUGUCGCCGAUUUCAACGGCUCCUGUUGUAUAGAAUACUUGCUGCUUUAUGGA